AUGGGCGGCUUUUGUAUAGCGCAACAUUCGGCGCGUACUGAGCACCACGUGAUUUUAGAUGAUGGUCAUUCCAUCUCGUUUGAAGAGCACAAACUAAUCUGGAAGGUGCAAGACGGCGAUGGCAAUAAUUCCGAGGGAAAGAAAGGGAAAGCAGGCAAGCAAGAAAAUCAGUCAUCAAAGGAUGGCGGGGCAGACCAGUCCACCGGCAACACCCAUGACAGUGGCACACUUCACGAGCAUGAAAUCCUAUUCAUCUGCCGGGAGUCGUCAUCCAAAUCCGAUACGCUCUCGGAAACGAAGUCGAAAGAUACGACAAGCUACAUAAUUUAUUCCGUCCACGAAAAUGCCGAGGAUCCUGAGCAGCCCUACCGUCUUUCGUCUCUGUCCGCGCCACGCCUGCCCCAGUCGUUGCUGGACACUUUCCUCCUCGACGAGCCGCCAGCUCACCUGGCAGGUGCGGAGGACUUGCAGGUUAUAAUUUCAACCAAGUCUGGCAUCGGGUUGGCAAAGGCCUUUUACGAGUCGGUCUUGUCAAAGCUGCUCACCGUGUUUGGUUUGCGUGCGCAUGACCAUCAUCUUACCACCCCGAACGAACAAGCCAGCAGUAACCCCACAGGUCCAUCGUAUCAGCUGUUCGUCACCAGGUCUCGCCACAGCAUCCGCGAGCUUGCCCGGGAGAGAUGGAGUGCUCGGGCGUUAGCGGCGGCGCCCCAGGGCAAGCCCUCGUCCCGCCAGCUGCUUGUUCUUUUAAGCGGCGACGGCGGCCUGGUGGACCUUCUCAACGGCGCUGGCGAGCCGGAUGAUGCAACUGAGUCUUUGUCCGUCACACCACCGGCCAUUGCCCUGCUACCGCUGGGUACGGGCAAUGCGCUAUUUCAUUCGCUGCAUAAGCCACUCUACAAGAAUACGCCGGGGAAGCCAGGGCCUUCGCAUCUCCUUGUUGGCCUGCGGACCCUCUUCAGGGGUGAGGCGGCGCCACUACCGACUUUUCGCGCGUCCUUCUCUGCCGGCUCAUUCUUGGUUCCGCCAGCGCCAGAGGACGGGGAAGAAAAGGACCAGAGUCAGGAGCAAAGCAGCACCGGCCAGAACCAGACCGAAGCGGCACCAAUGCCUGUGGAUCAUCUGCUGGGUGCCAUCGUGGCCAGCCACGGCUUCCAUGCGCAACUGGUUUGGGAAAGCGACACGGCUGCAUAUCGACAACAUGGGUCGAAGCGAUUUGGAAUGGCGGCUGCAGAGCUUCUCAAGACUGCUCAUGCAUACCGGGUGGUGGUUGAGGUCCGGUCUGAGACUGACGACAGUGAGUGGAGGCGCAUCCACCCAACCCUCCCCAAGUAUCACACAGGCAACAGCAGUAGUGAGUCAAGAGAGAGGUUCAUGUACGUCCUCUCAACUCUGGUCUCGAACCUCGAAAAGACCUUUACCAUCAGCCCCGAAUCCAGGCCGCUUGAUGGUCAGCUGCGACUGGUCAGCUUCGGUGCCGUCGGUCCGGAAAAGACCUUGGAGCUAAUGCAGGCUGCGUACAAUGGCGGAAGCCACGUCAACUGCGCCUGGCCUCCAUCCGAUAAUACGGGCGAAGAAAAACAAGCCAGCGACGACAAGGUGGUUGGAUACAACAAGGUGGAAGAGUUCAAAAUCACUAUACAGGAAGAGGACCCACGCUGGCGUAAGGUGUGCAUCGACGGCACCAUCGUUGAAAUACCGCAGGAUGGUUGGAUGCACGUCCGUAAGACGGGCAAGUCGCGCUUUAGGGUGCUGGUUGAUAAGAGUGUCUUGUGA